GCUGGAAAAUGUACAAAAGCAACUCGGCCAGCCUAUUAAAAAACUUCGCCAGGAUGUGUCCACUCGAUGGUACAUUGUACAUGCUCCAGAGUCUAUUAGAGCAGAAAUUGGCGCUUGCAGCAUAUGCUGUAGAAUACGAAUUGCCAUGCACGUUUACAAUUCACCAGUGGAAAUUAAUCGAAAAUAUGAUCUCCAUCCUUGCCCCGUUUGAAGAGCUGACACAACAAAUCAGCUCCUCAACUGCGUCAGCUGCGGAUGUGAUUCCGUGUAUAAGAGCUCUCACCCGACUCUUGGAGAAGACGGAGUCUGACCAUGGCGUGAAAACAUCAAAAACAGUGCUACUGGAAGCUGUCAGAAGACGAUUAGCUGACAUUGAUACACAGAAGCUAUAUGCAAUUGCGACUAUCCUAGAUCCAAGGUACAAAGACAGAUACUUUCCAGAGGCACUCAAACCAACUGUUCAUGAUCUGUUUCGGGAAGCCGUUGGAGCCCAUUGCAGCACUGAACUGCCAAGCAGCGUGGAGGUGCCCGGUUCCAGCAGGUCAACAGACAAAAGCCCACCAGCUUGCUCUUUACAGGCAAUGUUUGCUGAACUGGUGGAGGAGGAUACAGGACAAACUGAUGAGGAAAUCACAAUAGUCUCGCAGAUCAACCAAUAUCUAGCAGAGCCCGUAAUGUCACACAGUGGACAUCCACUUGCUUAUUGGCAGGCGAAUAAAGGCCAUUUCGCAGCACUUGCACAGGCAGCAAGAGCAUAUCUUUGUUCACCGUGCACAAGUGUGGAUAGUGAGCGACUAUUUAGCACGGCUGCAAACGUUAUUGAUGACAAAAGAAACCGUCUGACAUCAAAAAAUGCAGAGAUGCUCAUAGUCAUCAAGAGAAACUUGCCUUUAGUUUAUGAUUGAGACCUGAAUGAUUUUGUCCUUUGUGAGGCCAAGCAAGUUUUUGUUUGAAACAUUUUGUGGCCAAUUGUUUAAUUUUAUUACAUUAAAAAACACUACAUUUUACAAGUAGCCUGGGCCUAAAUGUGACCUCAUCCUAUCCCAAGUUCAUGUGGGUUGGUAACUAUCUGCUUGGCCUCCUUUUGUUUCUCUGCCUUGUUAUUUAUGAAGGAUGGCAUUGGCUUACAGUAGGUAAUCUAGCUAUACAUUAUUUUAUUUUUUGGAUCUGAUGUAGUUAGUUCCUCAACUACAUCCAUUGUAGUCUGCCUGACCCCUCUUUGUUUUGAAAAAUGUUACUCUGCCUUAUUUGGAAAAGAUGGCAUACAGUAGCCUUAUGUUAUCUUGUUUUCUAACUACAAUCAAAUAAACAUUGGUGGUUCUUUAAGAUUUUCUUGACUCUAGCAUAUUUCUACUGAUAAAAGAUUCCCAUUCCCCUGCCAUUCUGUGAUCGGCAGUGAUCGGCAAUCGGCAGAUCAUGAUUUUGGUGAUCGGUAAUCGGUGAUCGGCCCCAAAAAUGCUGAUCGGAACAUCACUAAAUGAGAGCAUUCGUGAGAGUGCAGAACUAAGUGCGUCACUUAUCUUGCGUCGAAAUGCAGGUCUCAAUCAGUUUAAACCCGCAGUGAGUGACCGCAGUCAUUGUAAUGGGAGAGUUUGUCACGUUGCUCGAUUUCUGUGUACAAUUUAUUAAAAAUGUAAUAACCGUUUUGUUUUGUCAUGUUAAUCAUUAGGCCAAUGUGAAUUU